GUCGCCUUCCCUGUUCCAGUUCCAGCGCUAAUCGUGUGGUGGUGUGGUUCCAGCUCGGAUAUUGUCCUUUUAUUUUAUUAUUGGUUUCCCGAUACUGAUUGACGACCAGGACGAUUUGUUUCCUACUUAGUAGAUAUAUAUAUUUGAAUGUUUUAUUGUGCUUUGAACGAGAUAUAAUACGGACUGGGUGAAGUUUGUAGCGGAGCUUCCGUUCGGACUACGGACGCUUUGAACGAUUGACGAUAUACAGAGGUCUAUUUUCGGAAAAUAAACUGUUAGCGGUUCAAGAUUUACGAAUAUACGAUAUAAGAUAUAUAGACAUAAUGGCUCUGGCAUAUGAGGACUCCCGAAUGUCGAUGGACAGCGACCUGUCAAAUUUGUCACCUUGCAAGCCGGUCACAAGCGACAAUAAAACAACAACACCGACAACAAACAACAUCUCGUCAUCACUGUCAACGAAGGAGCGUUGUCUCCUCGACGAAGAGACGGAAGCAUUAUCCACCAGCGUUAGUAUUGCAAAGGAUUUUAACCCGGAAUGGAAACCGGAAGGAGAAUCUAGGAGACCACCAAAGGUUAGCUGCAGUCAAAGUUGGGUCGAUAUAGUUGAAGCAGAGGCUAACGUAGACCUGAAUUCGCAAGACAAGAUAGGCGAACUGAAGCAGUGCAAAUCGGGCUCGGAGUUGGCUGGAUCGGAUAGCAAGAUGUCCAUGGAUGAAAGCAGCAACAGCAACGUCAGUCUUCGAUCUAGCGGCUCCGGCCGACAAAUUGAAAUAGAUAUUCUCGAUUCGGCCAACGUGGAGAAAUACGAGAAAUUGAUUCGCGAUGAGAAGAUUAAGUCACCAUUCAAGCGGCGCCUUUCCGGUGGUGGUGAGGACGACGAGACUGGCGAUGGCCAUGCCAAGUUUGACGAUGUGGAGACAAGUGGCGAUGGAACACCGCAGCACAAGAAGACCAAAACCGACGAAAACUGUCACGGUCAGGAGCGUUUCCGGCGGGAAAGUUCUUCCAGCUCGGGCGAUGGCAGUAGCCAAAGUAGUCGCAAACCGAUCGAAUUCGAAAAGGAUUCAGCCAUCCUUGAGCGUCGUCAGAAGCAAAUCGAUUACGGCAAAAAUACGCUUGGCUAUGAGAACUAUCUGGAACAGGUGCCGAGGGACCAACGCACCAAGGAUCACCCAAAGACGCCACCGAAGCACAUUAAAUACAGCCGCCGGGCUUGGGAUGGAGUGGUGAAGGUGUGGCGUAAGCAGUUGCAUUGCUUCGACCCGGAUGGCAAAUCGGAAGCUGAUGACUGAAUACUACCGACUUCUGGUCGAACUCAACGGUGAACUUUUCCAUAAAAACUUCGAUUACCGAUCCACUUAACCUACGAUGAAAGGUGUGUUUUAAAAUGGUUGUAAUUUGUCAACUAAUGCUGCAGUCCUUUGUCCCUCACACUCAAACUAGAGUGAAUCGCAUUCUAGACAUCUACAGGAACUAGGUUGCAAUUUGUGCCUUAACGCGCACAAUAUAUAUAUAUAUAUAUUUAUAUAUAUAUAGUCCCUUUAGCUGGGGGUGUAAAAAUAGUACAAUUCCAUAAGCAUUGGAGUGAAUCAUAAACCAUAAAUGUUUUCAGUUAUCCAGUGAUUCUUA